GGAACAUUCGGUGACCACCUACCGAUCCCCCAUUUCUGGGAAUGCAAACGAGAUUCCUACCACCACGGUGAAGUAAAAAAAGAGAAUUCAUUAGUCCUUUCGCCUACGGAUUUAGUUUUGGCGAUUAAUUGCAGUUGGACGGCCAUCUUCCGAGAAAAAGGGGGCCCCGCGCCCUCUCCUAUUGGCUGGGGGCCUUUAUUCGGGCUGGAAGUAUACAUCCGUCCCUCCAAUCACCGCGCCCGACGCACACCGGUUGAUGAUCAACCGGGGAACUAUGUCUCGAGGCAUCCUCUGCCCGUUGGAGUUUUUCCAUCGUCAUGCCUAUUCCGGGCGUGA